AUGCAUUCGGCUGAGGAUUCUAUCGUUGUGGUAUCCUUUGAUUGUGAUAGAAGUGUAGUGGUUGGAUUGUCAUGCGAACGUACUGAACCUACAAGAUGGUUACUCGUACAUGGUAUUCCAAUUGAUGUGGGGUUAUCACAGUCAUUACAAACUCUUGACUCAUGUGAACGGCGGCGAUCACAAGCAGCAGCAGCAGUAGCAUCAGUAUCGUUAUCAUCAUCAACUUCGUCAUCAUCAUUUUUAUCUAAUAAGGCUGGACAUAGUCUCAAAAGUGAGGCUACGGGAAGCAGUGUAUGGAGUAAUGGUAACGAGGAAUGUAUUCGUGUGGUCCGGGUAGGUUAUAUUCCGGAUGAGGAUCGCUGCUACUGCCUUCUUUUACAGUAUGCUACUUCCAGUGAUGCGGAACAUGUGAGAGAACAUCUUUUACAUUCUGAUUUCACUGGUAAUAAAGAAACCCUAUCGGAGUAUGUGCAACCAUUAGGUAAAGUAAUGACUUUGCGAUAUUCAAAUGAAACUGGUAGUGUCAAAAAUGUAUAUGAUAACACUACUGAAGAAAUCAGUUUGGAAGAAUUGUGUAGCGUGGUACGGGAAAGAUUGGGUUGUACUCAAACGCAGAGUGAAAACUCUAGCAGUUGUACACGACGAAUUUCUGAUAAACAAGAAGGAAGUCGUUUAAAUUGUUUUGCAGAUGCAUUAGUGCCUACAGGAGAUUUUUGUUCCAUUUGUCAAGAGGAAAUUGCUUCUGGGAAACCCUUUAUUGUAACAUUGUGCAAUCACGUUUUCCAUUUACAGUGUCUUGGUAAACACUUGGAAGGUGUUGGUCCACUUUGCCCACUCUGCCGAUUCUCCAUGGCAUCCUUAGAGUUAAAAUGUCAAGGGUGUGGGACUCAUCAGGAUUUGUGGACGUGUUUGGUGUGUGGAUGGGUUGGAUGUGGACAGGGAUACCGCAGUGAUCAUCUCCAGCACUUUGAGAGCACUGGACACUCUUGUGUAAUGCAGAACGGCACCUCCCGUAUUUGGAAUCACCGUGCAAAGACAUUUCUUCAUCAUCAACUCGCUAUUGAGUUGGGAUAUGAAGAUGAUGCCAAGGCCCGUCAGGCAGCCGCAGCGGAGUCCUCUGUUUCUCAUCAUUUCAAUAAGGAAGAAGAAAAUGUGACGGCUUCAUCCUAUUGGCGUAGUCGUUGGUGGUGGGAUGAAAAGGAUGAAGAGGCGGCAUUAGAUUUAAAUGCGGAAUAUGUACGGGAAUAUUAUAUGAAGGAAAUGGUGAAACUCAUGGAUGAACAGAUGGAAUAUUAUGAAAAACGUUAUGGAGGUACAGAGAUGGAGCCAUCAACAUCAUCCUCCUCUUUAUCAACCUCUGCUUCUGCUUCUGCUUCUUCAUCUUCAUCAUCGCUUGCCAUUUUGUUAAGAAAGUUAUUAGUGGCGGAGCAGCGACAACGCCGUAGAAUUAUUUCAGAAUAUGUGACGGACAUGCGUCGAAUUAUGUUACAUGAUCAAAUGUUAUUUAAUCGAUUUGUAAAAUAUGAGGCAACGCGAAAUCAAAGUCUACGAGAGGAGUUACUUUUACUUUCACAUGCCACUCAAAAUUUAAAUGAUCGAGUUCCUAUAGUAAAAUCAAACAUUGAAAAAGCAACCAGACGAGGGUCACGGGAGAUGGCUGUAAGAGAAGAAGAACUGAAAAAACUCCAAGAGAAACUGGAGAGUUUGUUGAAAAGCUUGGAGUAA